AUGGAAUCAGUCAAACGCUUGGGCAAGAGAGUUGUGCGCAAGGUCACCACGAAAGAUGGUUUCUUCGGUGACUACGACUACGCAUACUUAUUUAUUCCUGAUAUCCCCUUUACGAAUAAAACUCCCAAGACCCAGCCAUUCUUCGGCUUGAACUCGGAGAUGCCACUAUUCCUAGGGUUUCUUCUAGGUCUCCAACAUGCGUUGGCUAUGUUGGCUGGUGUGGUGACUCCACCGCUUAUAAUUUCAUCGACGGCUAACUUUGAUGCCACCACAACAGAGUAUCUUGUUUCUGCGUCUUUAAUUACCUCGGGCAUCUUGUCCAUCAUCCAGAUCACAAGGUUCCGCUUGUGGAAGUCCAAUUACUACUUGGGCACUGGUUUGCUCUCUGUGGUGGGCACAUCUUUUUCAACCAUCACUAUCGUCACCAAAUCGUUUCCCAUGAUGUACGAUAGCGGCAUCUGCGAGACGAUAAAUGGAGUGAAACAGCCCUGCAUUGCAGGAUACGGCCAUUUGUUGGCAACUGGGUCUCUCUGCGGACUUCUAAGCGUACUUUUAUCAUUCACUCCAUCGAAGGUUUUGAACAAGAUCUUUCCACCAAUUGUGACUGGGCCGGUCGUACUCUUGAUAGGUGUCCAUUUAAUUGAAUCUGGCUUCAAAGAUUGGGCUGGUGGCUCCUCCUGCGUGGGUGAAACUUGUGGGACAGCCAAACCUUUGCAUUGGGGCUCUGCUGAAUUUAUCGGUCUUGGGUUUUUGGUCUACGUUUCCAUCAUUCUCGCUGAACGGUUUGGAUCUCCAAUCAUGAAGUCGUGUGCUGUCAUUGUGGGCUUGUUGAUUGGCUGUAUCGUAGCUGCUGCUUGUGGCUACUUCUCCCAUUCCGAUAUUGACCUGGCUCCUGCUGCAACUUUUAUCUGGGUAAAAACUUUCCCUUUGAAGCUUUAUGGGCCAAUUGUGCUACCGUUCUUGGCAGUGUACAUUGUCUGCGUUAUGGAAGCCAUUGGAGACAUUACAGCAACAUGUGAUGUUUCAAGAUUGGAAGUCGAAGGUGAACUCUUUGACUCCAGAAUUCAAGGCGGUGUUCUCGCUGAUGGCUUGAACGGUAUUCUUGCCGGUCUUAUGACGGUAACGCCCAUGUCAGUAUUUGCACAAAAUAACGGUGUGAUUUCCAUCACUAAAUGUGCCAACAAAGCCGUCGGGUACUGGGCUGUGUUUUUCCUUCUCAUUAUGGGAAUUUUCAGCAAAUUCGCUGGUGCUAUUGUAUCGAUUCCAAAGGCCGUUUUGGGUGGAAUGACGACAUUUCUUUUCACCUCGGUUGCCGUGAGCGGGAUGAAGAUUAUUUGUUCUACCGAGUUUACGAGACGAGACAGGUUUUUGCUUACUGCAUCUUUGCUUCCAGGCUUUGGUGCUACACUCGUGCCUGACUGGUUUAGUUACGUAUUUACGUACUUGGGCCCAAAUAAGGCAUUGCAAGGUUUCUUCGACGCCAUUGUUUUGGUUAUGGAGACAGGAUUCGCCUUAACCGGAUUUAUUGGAGUGAUUCUCAACUUAGCGUUGCCGCAAAUCGCUGACGAAGUCGAAGAGCUCAAUGAGGUCGUUUUAGAGGUUGUGGGGUCUGCCGACGAACACGCUUUAGAAGUGUACAAGUCCAAAGAGCUUGAUACGUAUACUCACCGUGGCAUUGACGAAUCAACAUCCAGCAAAGAAAGAGACUAA